CAACAAUAAAUUUGGGCAAAAUAAAUACGUCAAUGACUGAUUUUCUCCAAAUUCUAUUCAUUAUUUUUCAACUUUUUCAGAUUCCGCUCACCAUCUUCUUUCAACCCAAAUCUGAAAUUUUUUGUUGUUCCAGCAAAGAAAUUCAAAAAUAAAAAUAAUUUGCCCGACUAUCAGUUUUAGAUUUGAUCCCGACUAGUGAAGGGCCUAUGAACGAAAGGAGAAGAAGAACGGGGGAAGGGGAAAGAGGAUGACCAACGAUGGGAGUGGAGAAGAUGAACAUCGACGAGAGCUACUCCGAGCUAGGAGGGAGCUAACGAGUAUUUUGGAGUCAACAUGGAAUAUGAAAGGGCAAUCGAAGGUUUGCCCGGUCGAAAAGGAGCCAGAAAAGCAAGCGAAACGAUCACGCCAGGUGCGCAGUCGCGGAGUGGGCUACGAACUGGUCCGCAAACUCAAGGCAGUGAGGCAGUCCAAAUCCGCGGCCGGAUCCGCGGUCGAAUCCGCGGCCGCGGACGGGCGGACGAAAGCCAAACACGCAGGGUUAAUUAUGUAAUUUCCUAGGCACCUAACCUAAACCUAUAUGAAACCUAAACUCGCCCAAAAGUGGGGGAUAACUGUUUUUAGAAGAUUUUAGAGGUAAGAACGAGGGA